AGGAAGCGUUAGCAGUUUUGAACGGUUCUUUCUGCCGUUUGGCAGUUGUGUAACCAAUCAGGUGUUGUGUUUAUGCAGCUAUCAACAUCAUGUGAUUUCACGGCUGUCAUAUGAUCGCUGUCAGUGGGAGAUUGUAGCAGCGCAAUGUAUCAGUGGUUCGUCGCCCCCCUUUGUUUACUCUUGAUUGGCAGCUGUGGUGGUCAAUACGAGCCUACAUGGGAAUCCAUUGAUUCGAGACCUCUACCGGAAUGGUUUGAUCAAGCCAAAUUCGGCAUAUUCAUUCACUGGGGAGUGUUUUCAGUUCCCAGCUAUGGCAGUGAAUGGUUCUGGUGGUAUUGGCAGGGCCAGAAAUUCCCAUCUUACGUGUCGUUUAUGGAGAAGAAUUACCCACCCGGCUUCACCUACGCAGACUUUGCAGCUCAGUUCCGGGCUGAAUUCUUUGAUCCUAAACAGUGGGUUGACAUUUUUGCCUCAUCUGGAGCCAAAUACAUAGUCCUUACAACCAAACAUCAUGAAGGGUUUACGCUGUGGGGCUCGAAGUACUCAUGGUCGUGGAACGCAGUGGAUGUCGGGCCGAAGCGGGAUCUGGUGGAUGAGCUUGCCACGGCUCUGCGGAAAUACAGCGAUUUGCGUCUAGGUCUCUACCACUCUUUAUUUGAGUGGUUUAACCCUUUGUACAGAGCCGACGCAGACAACAAGUUCAAUACCACUGUAUUUCCUACAACAAAGACCAUUCCUGAGCUGUACGAGAUCGUCAACAGGUUCAAACCUGAAGUGCUGUGGUCUGACGGGGACGGAGAUGCGCCCGACACUUACUGGAACAGCACAGGGUUCCUCGCCUGGCUUUACAACGACAGUCCUGUUCGUGAUACUGUUGUGACCAAUGACCGCUGGGGAUAUGGCAGCAUUUGUAAGCAUGGUGGAUAUUACACCUGCUCAGAUCGCUACAACCCCGGACACCUGGUGAAACACAAGUGGGAGAACUGCCUGACCAUUGACCAGAAGUCAUGGGGCUACAGGAGAGAUGCCAAACUCAGCGACUUCCUCACCACUGACCAGCUGAUAGCUUCUCUUGUUGAGACCGUGGCCUGCGGGGGGAAUUGGCUGUUGAACGUGGGUCCCACACACGACGGCCGCAUCAUGCCCAUCUUUGAGGAGCGUCUGCGGCAGAUUGGCCAGUGGCUCAAGGUGAACGGAGAGGCCAUUUACAACAGCAGCGCAUGGAGAGUUCAGAAUGAUACUGUCACUCCUGGAGUUUGGUAUACGUGGAAUCAGAAGGAGAAUGCAAUCUAUGCUAUUUUCCUUUCGUGGCCCGCUGAAGGCUAUAUUGUUCUGAGCGACCCAGUUGUAUCAGCGUCCAAGACGCAGGUGGUGCUGCUUGGAUAUAAGCCCCUUUCAUGGGAGUCCAUUAAACCCACCGGUCUAAAGGUUCAUCUGCCACAGCUGGUCCCUGAUCAGAUGCCCUGCUCCUGGGCUUGGACUCUUCAACUGACUGGUGUGGCGUAGCCAGAGGAUGCCGCCAUAGUUAGCUGUUUACAUAUUGAAGUAUCUAAGGAUCCUCAAGUGGAAACACUGUGUGUUUUGCUUUAAGAGCUCAACCAUACGUUUGUGCUGUUUUCUUUUCUUUUUUUUUAUAUUCGUUUAUUCAUUCAUUUAUAAUCAUUUAAUCACUUUUUUAUUCCAUUUAAUCAUAUAAUCAUUUAUAAUAAUCAUUCUAACUUAUAUACUCAUUUUGUUGAUUCACUAAUUGAUUAGUCAUUUAUAUUAUAUUAAAUUAUUUUUUUAUGCUAUUUCUUUUCAUUGCUGUGUUUACUGUGUUGCAAGAGCUGUUUGCUUUCAUGAAUAUAAGAUAAAAGGGAAUGUUUAUCAAAAUUCAUACGGGAUGUGGGAUGUUGUUGUAAGUUUUGUAUACUAAGGUUAUUCAAUAAACUCCUUUUUUAUCACAA